CUUGCGACGACCUAACCUCAAAGAGUGCAGCCGAGCGACGUCGCUGAUCGGUGUAGGGCUGCGCUGGCGGAGCAUGAGCUAGGAUUGGCUUCGAAUUGGUGCUACGCGCCCGAGGAAGGCCGUCCACGAGCAUGGGGUGGGCGCGCGGCAGCGGAGCGGCUCGCCAGGCUCUCCGGCGCGGGAGCCGCAGCGGCGGGCAUGCGGCGCACUAGCGCGGCCGGCCCAGCGAAGCAGCAGCGGCGGCGGCGGCGGCGGCGCCGAGCGGCAGGCGGCGUCCGAUGAGCGGCGGGGAUGCGGGCGCGCAGCUGGGCCCGGCCCGGCUGCAGCCGCAGCUGCUCAACGGCAGCUCGCUGCCGGCCAGCAGCGUGGGCGGCAAGACCGGCGAGGCGGCGGGGGGCUCGCCCGGGCAGGCGGCGCCCGCGGGCGGCGCGGCCGGCGGCCCGGCGCAGGCCGCGGCCGCCAAGCGGCCGGCGCGGCGCGGCGGCAAGUCCCAGCCCGACCGGCCGCAGCGCGCCCUCUUCUGCCUGACGACCAAGAACCCCUUGCGCGCCUUCUGCAUCCGCAUCGUCGAGUGGAAACCCUUCGAGUGGCUGAUCCUGCUGACCAUCUUCGCCAACUGCAUCGCGCUCGCCGUCUACACGCCCUACCCCUUCCAGGAUUCCAACGACGUGAACGCGGUGCUGGAAAAAGUGGAGUACGUGUUUCUGGUGAUCUUCACUAGCGAGUGCGUGAUGAAGAUCAUCGCCUAUGGCUUCGUGGCGCACCAGGGCGCCUACUUGCGCAACACCUGGAACUUCCUCGACUUCACCAUCGUCGUCAUCGGGAUGAUCAGCACGAUACUGGCGGCCUUCAUGAAGGAGGGCUUCGACGUGAAGGCCCUGCGGGCGUUCCGGGUGCUGCGGCCCCUGCGGCUCGUCUCCGGCGUGCCGAGUCUGCAGGUGGUGCUCAACUCCAUCCUGAAGGCGAUGGUGCCGCUGCUGCACAUCGCCCUGCUCGUCAUCUUCGUCAUCAUCAUCUACGCCAUCAUCGGCCUCGAGCUCUUCUCCGGCAAGCUGCACGCCACCUGCUGGAACAACAUCACCGGCGACAUCAUGGACGACCCGCACCCCUGCGGCGACAGCGGCUACAGGUGCGACAAGCUCGGCUCCGAGUGGAUCUGCGACACGAAGCGCUACUGGGAGGGCCCCAACUGGGGCAUCACCAACUUCGACAACUUCGGCCUGUCGAUGCUCACCGUCUUCCAGUGCGUGACCCUCGAGGGCUGGACCGACGUGCUCUACUCCAUCGAGGACUCGAUGGGCAGCACCUGGCAGUGGAUGUACUUCGUGUCGCUGGUCAUCCUGGGCGCGUUCUUCGUGAUGAACCUGAUCCUCGGUGUGCUGUCGGGUGAGUUCUCCAAGGAGCGAGAGAAGGCCAAGGCCCGCGGCGACUUCCACAAGCUGCGCGAGAAGCAGCAGAUCGAGGACGACCUGCGCGGCUACCUCGACUGGAUCACCCAGGCCGAGGACAUUGAGCCCGAGGCGGAGGAGCAGCAGAUCAAGGACGGCAAAGCCAAGCAGCACAGCGAGAUGGAGAGCACCGACCGGCUGGAGGGCGAGGAGAGCGUGCAGCAGGAGUCGGCCUGGAGCCGCAAGAAGCGCGACUUGGAGCGCGCCAACCGGCGCAUGCGGCGGGCCUGCCGCAAGGCCGUCAAGUCGCAGGUCUUCUAUUGGCUCAUCAUAGUCCUCGUCUUUCUCAACACCGGCGUGCUCGCCACCGAGCACUACCACCAGCCCGACUGGCUGGACCUCUUUCAGGAGUACACCAACAUGUUCUUCAUCGUGCUCUUCUCCAUGGAGAUGAUACUCAAGAUGUACAGCCUGGGCUUUCAGGGCUACUUCGUCUCGCUGUUCAACCGCUUCGACUGCUUCGUCGUGGUCGGCUCCAUCAGCGAGAUGAUACUGACCAACACCCACGUGAUGCCGCCGCUCGGCGUCUCGGUGCUGCGCUGCGUGCGGCUGCUGCGAGUCUUCAAAGUGACCAAGUACUGGCGCUCCUUGUCGAACCUCGUGGCCUCGCUGCUCAACUCCAUACAGUCGAUCGCCUCGCUGCUGCUCCUCCUGUUCCUCUUCAUCGUGAUCUUCGCCCUGCUCGGCAUGCAGGUCUUCGGCGGCCGAUUCAACUUCAGCGCCGAGGACGACAAGCCCAGGGCCAACUUCGACAGCUUCUGGCAGAGCCUGCUCACGGUCUUUCAGAUACUCACGGGCGAAGAUUGGAACGCCGUCAUGUACACGGGCAUCCGCGCCUUCGGCGGCGUGGCCAGCUACGGCGUCCUCGCCUGCAUAUACUACAUCAUUCUGUUCAUCUGCGGUAACUACAUCCUGCUGAACGUGUUCUUGGCCAUCGCCGUCGACAAUCUGGCCGACGCCGAGUCGCUCACCGCCAUAGAGAAGGAGGCGGAGGAGGAGGCCGAGAAGAACAAGUCGAGGAGCGGCUCGCCCCACGACGAGAUGAGCGGCUCGGCCCACGACGACGGCGAGCUGACGGGCGGCGAGGACGAGGAAGGCGGCACCGACCUCGAGCAGGACCCCAACGAGACGCUCGAGGACUACGAGGCCGACGGCUCGGAGAAGGCCGAGGGCAAGGUGAGGAUCGACCUGGAGUCCGAGGAGGAGGACAUGGAGGCGGAGGACGAGGACGAUCGCACGGAGAUACAAGAGGACGACAUCGACAACGAGGUGACGGCCAGGCCGCGCCGGAUGUCCGAGUUUAACAUGGGCACGAAGAUCGUGCCCAUCCCGCCGGGCACCUCGUUCUUCGUGUUCUCGCAGACCAACCGAUUCCGCGUCUUCUGCCACUGGGUGGCCAACCACAGCCUCUUCGGCAACAUCAUCCUCGUGUGCAUCAUGAUAUCGUCGGCGAUGCUGGCCGCCGAGGACCCCCUCGUGUCGGAGUCGCCGCGGAACAGGAUCCUGUCGUACUUCGAUUACUUCUUCACCAGCGUGUUCACCAUCGAGAUCUGCCUGAAGACGAUAUCCUACGGCUUCAUACUCCACGACGGCGCCUUCUGCCGGUCGUCCUUCAAUCUGCUCGACCUGCUGGUCGUCAUCGUGUCCAUCGUGUCCACGCAGCUCAGCUCCGGCGCGGUCUCCGUGGUGAAGGUGCUGCGAGUGCUGCGAGUGCUGAGGCCCCUUCGAGCGAUCAAUCGUGCCAAAGGACUGAAGCACGUAGUACAGUGCGUCAUCGUAGCCGUAAAGACUAUCGGAAACAUUGUCCUCGUCACCAGCCUUCUGCAGUUUGUGUUCGCCGUCGUUGGCGUACAGCUCUUCAAGGGCAAGUUCUUCUCUUGCAACGAUCAGUCGAAGAUGACGCUGGAGGAUUGCCAGGGCACCUUCAUCAAGUACGAGGACGGCAACAUCAACAAGCCGGUGACGGACGAGCGCAAGUGGUCGCGCAACACGUUCCACUUCGACGACGUGGGCAAGGCGAUGCUGACGCUGUUCACGGUGUCGACCUUCGAGGGCUGGCCCGGGUUGCUGUACGUGUCGAUCGACUCUAACGCGGAGGACAAGGGCCCGAUCUACAACUUCCGGCCGAUAGUGGCCGCGUACUACAUCAUCUACAUCAUCAUCAUCGCCUUCUUCAUGGUGAACAUCUUCGUGGGCUUCGUGAUCGUGACCUUCCAGAACGAGGGCGAGCAGGAGUACAAGAACUGCGAGCUCGACAAGAACCAGCGCAACUGCAUCGAGUUCGCGCUGAAGGCCAAGCCGGUGCGGCGCUACAUCCCCAAGCACCGCAUCCAGUACAAGGUCUGGUGGUUCGUGACGUCGCAGCCGUUCGAGUACACCAUCUUCAUCCUGAUCAUGAUCAACACGGUGACGCUGGCGAUGAAGUUCUACCAGCAGCCGAAGCCCUACACCGACCUGCUCGACGGCCUGAACAUGGUCUUCACGGCGGUGUUCGCGCUCGAGUUCAUCUUCAAGCUGGCGGCCUUCCGCUUCAAGAAUUACUUCGGCGACGCCUGGAACGUGUUCGACUUCAUUAUCGUGCUGGGCAGCUUCAUCGAUAUCGUGUGCUCGGAGGUCACGGUGGUGAGCGUAAGUAGGCGCGCGCGGCCGGCCGACGGCGACGCCGCGCUCGGGCUGACGCGCUCUGGCCCGUUGCAGUCGGGGCCGAGCCUGGGCAUCUCCAUCAACUUCUUCCGGCUGUUCCGCGUGAUGCGGCUGGUGAAGCUGCUCAGCAAGGGCGAGGGCAUCCGCACGCUGCUCUGGACGUUCAUCAAGUCGUUCCAGGCGCUGCCCUACGUCGCCCUCCUCAUCGUCAUGCUGUUCUUCAUCUACGCGGUGAUCGGCAUGCAGAUGUUCGGCAAGGUGAUCAUCGAGGACGGCACGCCGAUCCACCGCAACAACCACUUCCAGAACUUCCCGCAGGCGGUGCUGGUGCUGUUUCGCUCGGCGACCGGCGAGGCCUGGCAGGAGAUCAUGAUGGCCGUCAGCGACAAUCCCGAGAAGGUCAAGUGCGAGCGCGUCGUCAACAGCACCGAGGGCGAGAGCUGCGGCUCCGACCUGGCCUUCCCCUACUUCAUCUCGUUUUACGUGCUCUGCUCGUUCCUCAUCAUCAACCUGUUCGUCGCGGUCAUCAUGGACAACUUCGACUACCUGACGCGCGACUGGUCGAUCCUGGGGCCGCACCACCUCGACGAGUUCAUCCGGCUGUGGUCCGAGUACGACCCGGACGCCAAGGGCCGCAUCAAGCACCUGGACGUGGUCACGCUGCUGCGCAAGAUCUCGCCGCCGUUGGGCUUCGGCAAGCUCUGCCCGCAUCGGGUCGCCUGUAAGCGCCUCGUCUCCAUGAACAUGCCGCUCAACAGCGACGGCACGGUGCUGUUCAACGCCACCCUGUUCGCCGUGGUGCGCACCUCGCUCAAGAUCAAGACCGAGGGCAACAUCGACGACGCCAACGCGGAGCUGCGCGCGGUCAUCAAGAAGAUCUGGAAGCGCACCAGCCCCAAGCUGCUGGACCAGGUGGUGCCGCCGCCGGGCGUCGACGACGAGGUCACCGUGGGCAAGUUCUAUGCCACCUUCCUCAUCCAGGACUACUUCCGGCGCUUCAAGAAGCGCAAGGAGCUGGAGAUGCGCGACGGCGACAAGGACUGCCACAACGCGGUCACGCUGCAGGCCGGCCUCCGCACGUUGCACGAGGCCGGGCCCGAGCUCAAGCGCGCCAUCUCCGGCAACCUCGAGGAGCUCAUGGACGACAACCUCGAGCCCGUCCACCGGAGGAACCACUCGCUCUUCGGCAGCAUGUGGUCCAGCGUGCGCAGGCACGGCCAGCAGAGCUUCAACCGCGCCAAGUCGCUCAAGCUCAACUCCUCGGCCGGCAAGGCCUCGCCGACCAAUUCCAUAGAUUUCCUGCCAUAUUCUUCGUUGCAGAGGGGAGGACCCGACGCCCCCCAUCAGAUCAACGCCAGGGCGCACCAGGUCGUGCCGAACGUCGCUGGGGGCUUCACCGAGAACGCCAUGGGCCCGCUGGGCAUCGAGCCCCGCCUGCUGGGCGCCGACCACGAGAGCAUCCCGCUCAGGCCGCUCGCCAUCUUCGGCGGCCAGCAGCUCCUCAACUUCCGCGCGCCCCAGAAGCUGCUCGAACGGGGCGGCCGACGCAGCAGCAGUCUUCAGGACGGAGUCGAGCGGCAGCUGACGGGCGGCGCGGGCGCGCCCGGCCCGGCGCUGAGCGGCGCCGGGGCGCGGCGCGCCGCCCGCCCCGAGGGCAGCUCCUCGCAGGCCACCAGCACCUCGGUCUCCAGCCGCGCCUCCUCCCCGGACGGGCCCGCCGCGGGCGACGCGCGCCGCGCGGACGAGCACGGCGACGAGGACGAGGACGGCGACGGCGACGGCGACGGCGACGACGACGACGACGACGGCGACGACGAGGACAGCCAGGACGGCGCGGACGAGGAGAGCUCGCUGGAGAGCUCGUCGGCCUCGGGCGCGCGCAACGACGACAGCGGCGGCUGGGUGCGCGCGGCGCCGCGGCCCGCCUCGGCCGCGCCGCGCGCCCACUACCAGGGCCGCCGGCGCGCCGCGCCCGCGCGCUCCCUCGCCAGCGGCCUGAGGCUCGCCCAGACGCAGGCCAUCGCCGUGGCCGGCUUCCUCGCCGACGUGGACGCGGCCGAGCUGCGGCUCUGCGACGGCUGCCUCUCCCACCGGGCCUCCUACCACGGCAGAGUGUCCUGGGGCCGCGAGAGCAACGGCGGCGCGGGCGCGGAGCGCCUGUCCCACAGCCUGCCGGGCAGCCCGGCCGAGCGCAAGUCCAACUUCGAGGUGGUCGGCAGCGCGGAGAGCCUCGUCGGCCGGGUGCUGGUGGAGCAGGGCCUGGGCAAGUACGCCGACCCCGAGUUCGUGCGCAACACGUCGCGCGAGAUGCGCGAGGCGCUGGACAUGACGCGCGAGGAGAUGGACCGCGCGGCCCACCAGCUGCUGCUGCAGGAGCGCCGCGGCCAGCCGCUCAGCUACCAGCUGCAGCAGGAGGCCGCCUGCCUCGGCCUGGCGCCGCCGACGCCGCCGCAGCAGCAGCAGCAGCAGCAGCAGCCGCCCACGGCCGGCGGCCUCGAUUACCAGCCGCUGCCGGACGCCCACCACCAGAGCCAGCAGCAGCCGCACUACCGCCAGCUGCAGCCGCCGUCCUAGCGACGCCGGCCUGCCUUCUGCACGCGGCGCCGGCGCCGGCGGCGGCGGCCGCCUCGUCGGCGGCCCGCGCCGGACCACCGACGAGCCCCCGGCCUCGGCUCGAGGGACAACAAGUGCCUAAGUAUCUAAUGUAGCAUUCGACUGGACCAGCGAACAAUUUUAUCGAGGGCGUUCGGUCGCCGCCGUCUCGGGCGCGGGCGAGGCUAGCCGACGGCGAACACACGCCGCUGGGAGGAGGAAAGGCCAGCGGUCCAAAUUGUCCCGCGACGCACAGGCGCGUAGACGCAUCGUUCUCUCUCCGCGGCCUCCUCGCAGGGGGCGCACUCGCGUUGCCGUACGCACGGGGACGCUCGGUCAAUCCACAAGUAAGUGCCCUUAUCCAUAGUUCGUUGCGCAUUUUCUCACUCCGACCGCACCGUUUCGUUUGUCACACGGGACUGCACGUAGGAUUACACUUACGAUUAUACUUUGUACGAUCCGGCGUUUUUUACAUUUGAUAAAUUUUUCUAUGUACGAUCAGAACUGGCACGCAACUGGCACGACGUUUCCUCCUCCCAGACGACUCAAGCGCUAACAUGUUACUCGUUCCCGCUGUGCUGGAAAAUUCAAAUAUUUACGGGAUAUUAUAAUUAUCGGCGGGCCAAUGUUUAAAGAGUAUAUAGCUAUGUUAUACGUGACACUAGAACACCCGAGGAAUCCAAACGUUACGAGCACGUCGGUCGCACGACGAUUUUUCUCGUUCCGACGAGCGAAGGAAGCGCCAGCCACGGGCGCUCUCGUUUCUCUCUCGACGAUACAUUUUCAGUGCCAAAAAUCCCGAGCAAGACAGCAUACUCGAGACCAGCGACCUUUGCGGUUCGACCAUUGACGUACGAGCAUUUCCGACGAGCCAGUCCCUGCAAUGAAACGUGGUACAAAAAGCUUCGCGUUCGCCUCACAUUUAUACUUUCUUCCUGGAGCAACUCGAUCGGGCGGUCGCCGUCGCAACGACCGUCCUGUCGUCCGCGGCGAGCGCGCAACGUAGGAGACAGUUGGCGCGCGUCGAUGCGCUGGAUGUGAUCGGCUUGGCGCGCUACAAGGCUGCAAGCCCGAACGUUCAGAUAGGUGUGUAGUUAGGUAACCGUUCGCUCAAUCUAGCUGUUAAGAGCCUCGCCGAGGUAAUUUUAUGGGUUAUUUUUCUUGUUUUUUACGAAUCUACUCCGUCGCGCGACUCCGCACUCAACAUCUCUGACCGAAACGACCGCGCGAUUCUCACACUAUAUAAACUCCAAUAACUAUACGCACACCGGAAGCAUUUCCAAAUAAAUGGCCUUUGAAUGCCGAGUGUACGGUCAUUUAUUUGCGGGAAGUUCUUCGGAAAAAGAAAAAAAGACAAAAAAGACAAAAAAAUAAAACUCUGUGACGCACAAGCCAGCGGGUGAUAUCCGUGUCAAAGUUGUGGUCGCGUACUGAAAUUCGUAGUAGUCGAACGGUGAUUCAACGCUCACGCGGAAUAUUUUUUCAACAGCAAAUCGGAUAAAUUUUUGAUAGCCGAGCUUCGGGUACAGCCGCGACGGUACGCGUCGCGGAGAGCACGCGACCACGUGUACACGGGAUAUUGCGCGCGGGAAAUAAUAGUCUAACGAAAAUUUAAAAAAGCAUUCUCAUUAAAAAUAACAUUAACAAUAUAAUCAAAUGAAUAUAUAACAAGUAACUGUGGCACAUAACUUCGAACAAACCAUAAGAACAUAUUUUUCAUAAGGUUCGUUACAAUACACUUCACUCGAGUUGGUGUAUUGAACCGUCGAUCGCAGAAAUAACCAUUGAGAGUAUGGCGAGACUCUGACCACUUUUCAAUUGUGUACUUACACUAUGUAGUUUGUAAAUAUAAAGAUUAUUAGCACCGUUGAUGAAUAUUUACGAACAAUAUUAGUUAUAUUUGUCUGGAAAUAAAAGGCUUUCUCACUUUCAAUAUGCUUCUAAAAAAUAAAAAAUAAAAAAAAAAGGAACGACCCUGCGCACAUGCGUAUCGAAGUCAUCUUUGUUUCUUUUCGUGUAAAAAUUGAAUUAAAAAGAAGCGAGUGCGAUUAUGUAUAUCCUUUGCGAAAUAACAAAAAAAAAAAAAAGAAUAAACAAAAUUGUCAGAAAGUAAGCAUAAGCUAGCGUGCGAGCAAUUUUAACACAAAAGAAAAUAAAAAAAACUAAGAAAAAUUGUUGUUGAUGUUACUGUCGAAAAUGUGUCAAAUUUAAAUAUACGGA